AUGUUCCUGACAAGGUCCGAGUACGACCGUGGAGUCAACACCUUCUCGCCAGAGGGCCGUCUCUUCCAGGUCGAGUAUGCGCUAGAAGCCAUCAAGCUAGGCUCGGCCACCGUCGGGAUCGCCACUAAGGAAGGUGUCGUGCUGGGUGUUGAGAAACGAGUGCAGUCUAAGCUGCUCGAGUCGUCGUCCAUCGAAAAGAUCAUGGAGGUGGAUCAGCAUCUGGGUGCAGCGAUGAGCGGUCUCACUGCCGACGCAAGGACUAUGAUCGAGCACGCGCGCGUCACUUCGCAAAACCACGCCUUUACAUAUGACGAAGAGAUCAAGGUCGAAUCGGUUACCCAAGCUGUUUGCGAUCUUGCGCUUCGCUUCGGGGAGUCCACCGCAGGCGACGAGGCCAUGAUGUCGAGACCAUUUGGUGUUGCGCUGCUCAUCGCAGGUAUCGACGAAAAGGGUCCUCAGCUAUUCCACGCGGACCCAUCCGGCACUUUUGUCAGGUACGACGCCAAGGCGAUCGGCAGCGGCUCGGAAGGCGCUCAGACCGAGUUGCAAGACAAGUACAAGAAGGACAUGACGUUGAAGGAAGCCGAGAUCCUCUGCCUCCGCGUACUCAAGCAAGUCAUGGAGGAGAAGCUCGACCAGAACAAUGUACAGCUCGCCACCGUCACACCAAGAACCGCCAAAGACGGUCGCCAGUCGGGUCAAUUUGCCAUCAUGAAGGAGGACCAGCUCCAAGCCUUGAUCGCCGAGAUGUAG